AGAAAACGUUCCGCGACAUCACUGCGCUCGUUACGGUAAAGUUCCGUGGUACCUUAGCGCGCGCGUUCCGACCGAGGGGAUACUAUAAGUGGCGACAUCUAAGUCUCUAUCGCACUUUACACUCUAUCGUCGUACGUGACGCACGCAAGUCGUUGUUCGUAGUAAACAUCAUCAUUAUCAUCUGAAAUGGCAGACACAGCAGUCGCAACCGAAGCUCCGGCACCAGCCACCCCGGCGAAGAAGCAGACCGGCAGACAGGCGGGAGCCGCGAAGAAACCGAAGGCGAAGCCCACCCAUCCCAAGACCUCCGAGAUGGUGAACAACGCGAUCAAGGAGAUGAAGGAACGCAGCGGCUCCUCCCUGCAGGCCAUCAAGAAGUACAUCGCCGCCCAGUACAAGGUCGACGCCGAGAAACUGGCUCCGUUCAUCAGAAAGUACCUGAAGAGCGCCGUCGAAUCCGGCACUCUGAUCCAGACCAAGGGCAAGGGCGCUUCGGGAUCUUUCAAGCUCGAGUCGAAAUCGGCCGCGGCGAAGAAGCCCGCCGGUGCCGCGGGUAAGGCCGCCGCCGGCAAGUCCGGCGCGUCCGCGUCCGCCGCAUCGAAGGCCGGCGCCGCCGGCAAGAAGGCGACCGCCUCAGCGGCCGGCGCCAAGAGCAAGAAGGCAGCAGCCGCGGCCGCGUCUGCGUCGGCGGCUUCCGGUUCACCCGCGAAGUCCGCUAAAUCGUCGGCAGCCAAGGACAAGAAGGCCGCCGCCGCUAAGAAGAAGCCCGCGCCCAAGAAGGCCGCCGCUCCCGCUAAAGCGAAGGGAGCCGCCGCACCGAAAGCUAAGAAGACAGCCAAGCCCCCGACCAAGAAACCUAAGGCGCCCAAACCCAAGAAGGCAGCCGCCGCUACGCCCAAAUCGAAGCCGGCAGCGAAGAAAGCAGCCGCCGCCAAGAAGUAAACCGCUUGCUGCUGUUGCUGCUCUUAAGUCGCGGCGGCACGGUACCGACGCGGUGCGGACGGACGGACGGACGGAGGAACGACCGGACGACCGGAACGUGGCGGAGCCGAUCGAACGCGAUCACGCGCGUAUGGCGGUGCGUGCAUAUUCACACAUGCAUUGCGCUCUCAUUCGCGUUUACCGCGCUUAACAAGCGCACACCAAAAAGCCCUUUUCAGGGCUAACAAUGUUUUCAUGAAUAUUUGAGAAAAUAUUCGUUUCUUAUAUACAGAGAGUCAAAACAAAACAAAACAAAACAAAACAAACAAAUCACCAAUAAGAAUGAUUAGUUUGAAACAGUAUUAUAACAACCUUUAGUCGCCUAUAUGGAUGGUGUACAAUUGGAUCGAGUACGUACGUAGUACGUAGGUAUUACGAGUAUAAUGAAUGAAUGAAUGAAAUGGGUAUGUUUACGUUUAAGUAGGUACGUACGUACGUACCACAU